UCCGAGUCGGGAACCCGCGCCUUGCGGCCGGCGGCCGGCGGCGAUGAAGAUCUGGAGCUCGGAGCACGUGUUCGGCCACCCAUGGGACACUGUCAUCAAAGCUGCCAUGAGGAAGUACCCGAAUCCGAUGAACCCCUGUGUGGUGGGAGUUGACGUGCUGGAGCGCAGUGUGGAUGGCCGGGGCCGGCUUCACAGCCACCGCCUCCUCAGCACCGAGUGGGGGCUGCCCGGCUUCGUGAAAGCGAUUUUGGGAACCAGUAGGACUUUGACAUACAUCAAAGAACAUUCCAUUGUGGAUCCAGUAGAAAAGAAAAUGGAACUUUGUUCCACCAAUAUCACACUCACAAACUUGGUGUCAGUGAACGAGAGGCUGGUAUACACACCCCAUCCGGAGGACCCUGAAAUGACUGUGCUCACACAAGAAGCCAUCAUCACCGUGAAGGGGAUCAGCCUCGGCAGCUACCUGGAAAGUCUGAUGGCCAACACAAUAUCAUCCAAUGCAAAGAAGGGGUGGGCUGCUAUUGAGUGGAUAAUUGAAAAUUCUGAGCACGCUGUGAGCUAACGGGGUCUGCACCUGCACCUUGUGAUGAACAGUGGUAACUAUGGUAUUCUUUAACCCGGUAGAGAACCUAGCAUCUUGCUAACCGUGUGCAUGGUGUGCAGUGGGGGGUGUUUACAGGUGCAGCUGCAUGUGUCUCCAGCCCGGCGCUCCUUAGUGUCUUCUGUAACGGAAGCAGUCAUUAGUUCAUCCUCUUCCUAAAUUAUCUUGUUUCAUGGCAGGAUUUAUUUCCCAGGAAGACUUGAUCAUUUGUUAUCUGGUCUCAGAUAGAGGCAGUUCAGAUUUUCCCAAGCCAUUCUCAGGACCUGCUUGCCUAAACAUUUCCUGUCAUUAGCGCAUUAUCAGAAGGAGGCUUUCACUAGUAGUUCCAGACGGUGUCAAAGGCUGAUCAAAUGGGAGAAUUUUUUCAUUUUGGGCAGGGUCUGAAUAUUUGUACAUGUUCUUAUAAAGAAUGCUAUGUGCCUUUGUGUCAGCGCUGCGGGCUCGGGGGGAAUCCUGCUCCUCGCCUGCUGCCAGCCAGCACCCAGCCACGUGACUGCCGCUGGCUUUUUUCUUUUAGUGGCAGAAGCCAUUUCUAGCAUCUUCUUGAGCUUCACAAACAUUCCUUGAUUUCCUAGGCCACCAGUGACUGGAUCGUCAGGAAGGGAUUUGACACUUAAUUGGUCGGCAGUCAUCUUCAUACUUCGUAGGAAAGUCAGGGUUUCCUGCUUCCCUCUGUUUAGGGAAUCCUUAUACUCCUGCCUUGAAACCCCUCACCCUAUUGAUUUUCCAUACUGUGCUGCUCUGGGCCCCGCUUCCCACGGUUGGUCUGUCUGUGUGUCUGCAGCAUGUGUGUGUCAGCAAAUGGGGACUGUGUGGUUCAGCCUCCUUUAAAAGCUUCCUACUGGAGCCUAAGUUUGCCAGAGCCCUUCACCUUGAACCCAAGGUUGUGAUCUGCCGCUGGGUCUCUCUUCUUCCAUGGAUGCACCACUAAGGUGGCCACGCAUAGAGAGCCUGCCCGCCUGGUGAGCAUAGUGUGUGUGGGCAGUGUGGUGUGUGUGAUGUGUCACUCUGAGUUGUGGACUCUGUCACAUUCUGUUUCCUCAUAAACUAGAGCUAAAUUGCCUCAAUCUUUGAUCAGAUGCCUCACCCAAAAAAUCAAAGAAGAAAGAACAAAAGAAAAAAAAGGAAGGAAGAAGGCAAGGAAGAAAAAAGGAAGAACUAAGCGAGCCUUGAAUAUGGUUCGCCCAGUCUGGGAGAGGUGUGGAAACUUCUGGAAUCUGCCACUUGCCUGGUCACAGCCUCCACCGGGCUCUUCGGCUGCGACAUCUCAAGACAGGAGGCCUGUCUGUUGCAGAAUGAGACCCGCAGAAGAGAAGACCCCUAUAGCAGGAGAAGGGCAAGGGCUGCAAAGCUGUCACCCUGCCGCUGCCCACGGCCCCACCGCCCCUGGGCCAGUGUUGUCAGACUGCUCUUGUGCCUUGUCUGUUCUCCCCUAGGUAGCAGCUCCCGGCAGUUUUCUGCUGACUCUUGGGAUCUUACUAAGCCACUCUUUUCCUGGUGACUCCCCGUAUCCCACCCCUGCCCCUUGAUCACCUGUCUGCACCGCAAGCCUCUUCACACAUAUCUGGGCGCUGUCACUUCAGAUGCCGCUGUGGUGCGUCCUUCUCACCAUUAGUGCAGAUCUGCCCACGCUGGAGUAGGGGCGUCCAUCCCCACAGCUGCGUGUGUGGGGACAGUACCGUGAGUUCUCCUGUCUCACGGUUGGAAUUGGUCAGGGGAGCCAAGCACUGUGCCCCAUGCUGCAGCUGGCUUGUCCUGCGCUCUGGGACCAGAGGCCCCAGGGGCUGAAGGCCUGUGUUACUUGUCAUUGUUCAGACCUGUCUGUGGGGAUGCUCACACAGAGUGGCUGUGACGAAGUAGUAAAAGUGCUUAUGAGCCUAAGCUGUCCUGUUAGCUUUAGGGUACUUCCAGGUGGGAAUUUUAACUUUCCUGUUUUCAAAAGUCGAAUGUAAAAUCUUUCAGUAUGCUUCAAAUUCUAAAAACUUGAGAGAAGGCCUCCUCCGUAAACAAUGAGUAGCACUGUGUUCUUCUGUUUUUUAGGUCGUGUUUUUUGUUUGAUAACAGUACUUCUAAUCCAAAGGAAAUGACAUUCAUUUAUAUUUGUAUCAGAGUGUGUUUUAUGCAUAAAGCUUAUGGCAACACAGAAUUAAAAGAUUUACGGUAAAAACAAACCCCGCUCACCCCUUUGGCAAAGCGUUUUUCUGUCCUGCUGAGGGAACGCUCAACUCUUUUGGCAGCUUUUGGCCUUUGCUGCUAGAUUUAUAAAUAAAUAAACAUACCCUGUUAUUUCUUGAUUUGCCAAAUUUAGACGCUAUCUAGGAAUUAUUUACCUCUUUGGUAGAUUAUUAUUUUCUCUCUCUUAUAUCUUCCUUCUCUCUCCCUUUCCCCCAAAAUAGCUAUGUCGUUUAUGGUUGAAAGCACAGAGUUUCCAUAAUUUCGAAAAUACAAAUGCCUAACUGUUGUUUAUUACUAAGCCAUAAUUGCAUUUUCCUUCUUAUGCAAUUUCCCCCCACCUAGGGGAUAAUAAUUCUUUUCAUCUGUUUAAUUUUAUUUUUUAAAAGUCUCUGGCUGAGUCCUUCCAUACUCUUACCCACUGUUAGCAGUACGUCAUAACGUCAUUUUCCACGGGUCAGUCUUUUUGGGCAGCACACCCAUUCCCAGUUUCCAUGGUGCCAUCCAUUCUGGAAGCCAGGCCUCGCUCUCUGACCAAACAGCCACGUGGCUGUCAUCCCCUUUUCUGGGCAUUCCUGGGCAUUUCCUUGGCCUUCUCUCCUGGAGCCCUUGUUUCCCUGCUUCCCUGCCUUCCUCUUUCUGUUUACUGUUACAAGAUGGGGAAGGACAUCUCUUUGUGGUUUCUAAGACUUGGUACAUCUGAAAAUGUCUUUUCUGUUCUCAUACUUUGUUCACAGCAUAGCUUGACAUACAGUUCUUUAAAAAAAUAUUUUCACUCAGAAUUUUGAAGGCAUUUUUCUAUUUUUUUCCACUCAGAUUAUCAACUUCUGUAUACGAAUUAUUUCUCUCUCUGGAAGCUUUUAGGGUCUUUUUAUCCUUGAUGUUCUGAAAUUUCAUGAGGUUAAGCCUUAUUUGAAGUGAUCUUUUAAUAUUAUUAUUAUUAUGUUUAUUUUAUUUUUGAGAGAGAGA